GCGAAGCUAUUAGUAUUCCUUUUUCUUCUUUUUUCCCCGUCUCCCUAAUCCUCACAAACAAACCUCCAGCAUCGAUUGCGAACGAAAUCUUCCCCCAGAGCUUCCCCCCGCGGACGCGGCCCGUCUUUCACCAUGAGCGCGGUCAAGAACCUGCGAGCCAUGUUCGAGAACAAAGGGGACGCGAGCCCGGCGGACGACGAUAGAGGUAGAGCCCUUGGUGUUUCUAGUCCCUCUCCAACCCCAGGAGCUCUCAGCGGCUCCCCAAGGCCGCUCAAUAAGGUGCGCAGCAGCUUUGUUGCCAUUGAGCGCAACGGCGUCAUCGGCUUGGUUAGAGACAACGGCUCCGCAUCUCGCGACUCCUCUGCCCGACCCAGCCUCGACAUUCCCCGCGAAUCCGCCCCGACGAGCCAAGAGAAACCGCAAAUGUCUGCAUCCGUUGCCAACAUCAGCUCCGCCAUGGACAAGCUGUCCGUGGGCGUUGCCAGAGCUAGCUUCGAGCUCCGAGGAGCUGUGUCGGACCACCCGAGCCACAAUCCCGACAAGGUCAUGGACGAAGAGACUCCUACUGGCAUUCUGUCGCCAGCAGAUCCACUCACUGCAAAGGCUGAGCCCGAGCCCGAAUCUGCACCCGAAUCUGCGCCUGCGUCUGCGCCCGAAUCUACGCCCGAAUCUGCUCCAGAGAAUGCGCCCGAAGCUGAACCUGAGAAGCCGGCACCCAAGGAAGUUGCUCCCGUCAGCAGCGCUCGUCCUGGCACACAGAAAACGACCAAGACGACGAAGCCGGCAGCUACCAAAACCGUAGCCAAGCCUGCGGCCACAAGGACUGCCACAACCGCUACAAAGACCGCUGUUACACGAACAUCUGCAGCCCCCAAAGCGGCUACUAAAGUUGCCCCCAAGCCUGCGGCUACUGCUACCAAGGCCACCACGGACGCCUCCAGGAGAGCGAGCGUCAGGCCAACUCAGAAAACCGCAGAAUCUUCUACUGUGAAGAGAGAAUCAUCAGCUACAGCGAGAUCAGCUGCCACUGCAAGGCCUAGAGUUGGAGCGGCAACCUCGGCUACCAAGAAACCUUUGGCUAGCAAGGCUGCUGAUCAUGGACCUGCUGCCGCGAAGCCGAGGACCAAGUCGCCCACCAAGCCAGUUGGCCUUCCCUCUUCUCUUACAGCUCCCACCGCCUCCUCUGUCUCCAAGACUGGCGCGGCAGCUGGAACAACCCAGGCUAGACAGACCAAUUCACGUCAAUCGCUCAGCCGACAGGGCGUACAUGCAUCUGGCCGAGCUGCUUCCAGCACUGGAACGGCCAAGCAGCCUGCCGCGCGUGCUCGGCCGAGCAUUGGCCCACCACCCGCCAAACCUGCCCGUGAAGCGCCCAAGAAGGUGAAGGAGGUGGAUGAGGGCUUCUUGGCUCGCAUGAUGCGACCUACCCAGGCCUCAACUAGCAAAUUCCAGGAGCCGACUACGCCUCCCAAGAAGUCUGGAUCUCGAGCAGGAUCCCGCCCCUCCACCGCUGGAACGGUGGCAUCGGGCGCUUCGGACGGCAGCCACUAUGACGGCAGCCCCAGCAAGAAGACUUCUAAGAAGCUGGUUGGUAAGAAGUCUCCUUCGCCUACGUUGGAGGAAGAGAAGUCUGUCGCCAAACCUGUUGAGGAGCAUGUUGAAGAGCCUGUUGAGGAGCCCGUUAAGGAGGAGGUUCACGAAGAAAACGCCACCGCCCAGCCCGCUGAGCCGGAGGCUCUCCCUGUGGAAGAGGCGGCUGUCGAGACUGCCAAUGUUGAGACCGUUGAGGAAGUUGUUGCGAUCGCUGAGGAGGCUGAGCUUACUGAGGCUGCUCCUGAGCCCGUGCCUGAGACUGCCGAGGCUGUUGAAGUCAAGGCUGAAGAGACUCCUGCUGUUGAAUCCGCUGUCGAGGUUGUUGCUGAGCCAGAGGUUGCCAGUGUGGAGGCUCCUGUUGAGCAGGCUUCUGAGACUGUCGAAGAGCCAAAGGAGCAAGUUGCUGAGACCGCCGUCCCGGAGACUUACUAAGACGACUGCCGAGGCAACCCUCUAAGCACCGUCACAAGCAAUAAUCUAAAUCAAUGGGAAAAUUUCAAGCAGUUUGGUGUUUCGUAUGGUCGUGGAUGGCGUUUUGUCAGAUUGACUAGGUGGAGAUGCUUUUUCUUUGUGCCUUGUUUCUUUUGUUUGAUAUCGAAUCCUUUGUCUAUGUAAUAAUGGACAGGUUCCCUGUCGAAAAGGAAAGAUGUAGUUUAUUAAGAUACCUUAGAUACCUGUUUAUAGCGACCAUUGGUGAAUUUUUGUUUUCUGGGACUUUGGGAUUAUUGUAUAAACUGCUGAAUAUUUUUCGCCAAACAUGGCUGUUUGCUG